CUCGCCCCGUUACUACUAUCGGAAGGAAAAGGCUUCGGUUCUUGCCAUUUUUCAUCCCCAAUUUUCUUUCCCCUUGUUCUUUUACCACAUAAGUACCAGUAUUCAUACGUGUUAUUUUGACUGCACCACCCAGAUUCAAAGACAUUAAACUUCACUUUACCAUUUUUCGUUCUCAAUCCCCUUCCUUUGCGCUUCCAUUAUAUAAAUACCAACGUUCAUACAUCGUACUGAGACUGCACCACCCAGAUACAAAGCAGUCAUCGAUCAAUCCCACUAGUCGGCUUGUCAUCGGCCCGGUUAGCAGUGCAGCGUAACUAAAAAAUCAUCGUUUACAUGGCACAAUCUUUGGUACUAUGUGAUUACUCGCGAUAUCCGCGCGCGCACCACCUCCCCAUUGUUUUUCCUUCUUCGUCGUGAACGUCAGGGUAAUCCGCUGUACCGUUCGGCAAUAUAACCUGACACAUAUAUUGCCGUCGACAAUUUGGAUCAUAGCGCUUACCGCAAGCAUAUAUUGCCGCCUCGUCGCACGGUGCUCAUUUUUCACGGACUGUCGAUCCUGCUGGUAACUGAAGCGUGCCCGGCGUGGUACCCUGCCCAGCCCCCCAGGUCGCCGUCGAGGAAUCAAGAGCGCAUCAGUUAGUUCGCGGUCGCGGUUGCACGCUGUUGCCGUCCGCUACAAACCUGGCAACGACCAUUUCGUCAUUUGCAUUCGAACGUGAGUGUUGUAAUUUGCUAUCGUGAACGUUUCUCAAAACAGAUCAGAUACAGGCGUUGAUGGAAUUCGAGGAACACACGAAGGAGCACUCGCACUGUGUUUUUGGAAGCUUCGUCGAAUGAUCGUCUCCGGAGAUUGGAUAGAAUCAAACAUCGAAAUAGACAAUUAAGGAAAGCCAUGGUUCGGGUAGUAUUGGGAGAAACGGCUUUAUCGUGAUCGCCGGAAGAACGAAACUUUUAACGGAUCGAAUGCGGUUGAGGAUCGUCGUAGACCGAGGAACUGAUCGCGAAUACAUCGACGAUGUAACUGAGAGUCGUGUUUGAUCGUGAAUAAAACUCACACGAGCUCGAGAAGAUGAAAUCGAAAGUGAAUCUAGUUACGAUUUUAUUAACUCUGAGCUGCGUAUUACGCGUGAUGGAAGCUUUGAAGUCGGACAAUCAGCAUGCGAACCACAAGGAGUAUCCUGUUGCGAAAAAGGUUAUCAAGGAGGUUCACAAUAAAGUUGCACUUAAUAGUGCGACUCUCCUACGUGGGGAAGAUAAAACGAAAGUGGUGAAAACUCUAACCAGGAAUACUGGUUUGAGUUUGUCGAAAGAUUACUUACACGCACCAGACCGUCCUCGCCGAAAGAAGCGGAAGAUGGAUCGCACAAUCAUGGCGCUGCUAAUGGCCUACAAACUGAAAUUCGUCGCUCUGAUUCCAACCAUGGUCGGAGGAUUAAUCCUGUUAAAGGCCACUGCGUUACUCGCGGGCUUCUUCUUCGCGUUAUUCGCCGCGGUUCUCGGUCUGAAAGUAAAGUGAGAACAGCACCGCUGUCAAAGAACGAGAUCGAUACUGUUCCUUUCGGUAACAGAACGAUCGUCACGAUCGGUCGAUGCAUUUAAUUUUGAAUUCUCGAUCGCGUAAAUCGCGAACACGUAUCGUCUUGCCGCGAACCACAUGCUCCUAUCGGACGUAGGCGUAAGAAUGUAACAUAUUAUGUAUCUCGUUUGUGUAGCGAAAGAAUAAGCGCUAAAAAUGAUUAAAUCGUUGUAUCUUCCUUAUUCACGUCGAUUACGUGCCUGUUUAUUCGAUCUCAGUCUUGAUCCAUCGGCAAAGUCGAUGUUACAAAAAUCAAUGGGUUAACAAUAGUUAUAUCGUAGUAAUAAAUAUCAUGGCGUUCAAUAAAUAUUAUAUAAUUCGUAUCUUAGGUAAUUAAAUCAUUCGAGAGGUGAAGCUCGGAGUAUUUGCGAAAAAACGAUUACAAAUCGGAUUUAGAAGCUAUUUUCGUUGUUUACAGGUCGUUUCGAACGCAAAAAUGUCUCGACUCGGUUCCGUUAGAAGCUCGCGUGCGUGGAAACCAUUCCGUAGCUAUUAUCGUGCCGAAUGCUUUCCCGCUUGACGGGAAACGAAAAUGAGUGACAGCUGGAGUAUACGGUGUAUCGACCGUCGCGUGACGGCAUCUGAAAAUGUCACUGACGUUCACGGUAUGCAUUUAGCUAACGAUUAUCACGCUUGUUUUCCGCAUUGUGGUAAAAUUUCGGCUACGAUCACUGCUACGUGUGUCGCCUAGAUACUUCUCAAAUUAAUUUCUACAGGGUAAAAUUUAGAAGAAAAUAAUUAACCAACUUUGAGAGUUAGAUGAUUCGCAUGUUUCUUCAUAAAUGAUUGAACAAUAUACAUCGAAACGCCAACGAUUUCUUGAAGAGAGACUUGGUGUUUCUCGUGGAAGUUCUCAUGGUUAUAAUAUUCCCUUCCACGAAGAAUCUAUAAACGUCUAACGCUCAACGAACAUCUCUCUAUGUAACAAAGAAAAUCGCAUCGUCGCUGUAGAAUUGUUAGUCGAAAUUUCUGUGCAGAGACGAGAAGAUGUAUAUCUUACGUAUAGAUAUGGAACUUUAUCAUA